GCGGCGAGGAGCGGGAGGAGGGGCAUGGAGCAGCCGCGGGCCUGCUGAGCACCGGAGCGCGGGCAGCCGGCGGCACGAUGCCGGUGCAGCUGACAACAGCCCUUCGUGUGGUGGGCACCAGCCUGUUUGCCCUGGCAGUGCUGGGUGGCAUCCUGGCAGCUUAUGUGACAGGCUACCAGUUCAUCCACACAGAAAAACACUACCUGUCCUUCGGGCUGUACGGUGCCAUCCUGGGUCUGCACCUGCUCAUCCAGAGCCUGUUUGCCUUCCUGGAGCACCGGCGCAUGCGGCGGGCAGGCCGGCCACUGAAGCUGCCCUCCCCGCUGCGGCGCUCUGUGGCGCUCUGCAUUGCUGCAUACCAGGAGGACCCCGACUACUUGCGCAAGUGCCUGCGCUCAGCCCAGCGCAUCGCCUUCCCCGACCUCAAGGUGGUCAUGGUGGUGGAUGGCAAUCGCCAGGAGGAUGCCUACAUGCUGGACAUCUUCCAUGAGGUGCUAGGUGGCACCGAGCAAGCCGGCUUCUUUGUGUGGCGCAGCAACUUCCAUGAGGCGGGUGAGGGUGAGACGGAGGCCACCCUUCAGGAGGGCAUGGACCGCGUGCGCAACGUGGUGCAGGCCAGCACCUUCUCAUGCAUCAUGCAGAAGUGGGGAGGCAAGCGAGAGGUCAUGUACACGGCCUUCAAGGCCCUUGGUGAUUCAGUGGACUACAUCCAGGUGUGUGACUCUGACACUGUGCUGGAUCCAGCCUGCACAAUUGAAAUGCUUCGAGUCCUGGAGGAGGACCCCCAAGUAGGAGGAGUCGGGGGAGAUGUCCAAAUCCUCAACAAAUACGAUUCAUGGAUCUCCUUCCUGAGCAGUGUGCGGUACUGGAUGGCCUUCAACGUGGAGCGGGCUUGCCAGUCCUACUUUGGCUGUGUGCAGUGCAUUAGCGGGCCCUUGGGCAUGUACCGUAACAGCCUCCUUCAGCAAUUCUUGGAGGACUGGUACCAUCAGAAGUUCCUAGGCAGCAAGUGCAGCUUUGGGGAUGACCGGCACCUCACCAACCGAGUCCUGAGUCUCGGCUACAGGACUAAGUAUACAGCUCGCUCUAAAUGCCUCACAGAGACCCCCACCAAGUACCUCCGGUGGCUUAACCAGCAGACCCGCUGGAGCAAGUCUUACUUCCGCGAGUGGCUCUACAACUCUCUGUGGUUCCACAAGCACCACCUCUGGAUGACCUACGAAUCAGUGGUCACGGGUUUCUUCCCCUUCUUCCUUAUCGCCACAGUCAUACAGCUUUUCUACCGUGGCCGCAUCUGGAACAUUCUUCUCUUCCUGCUGACAGUGCAGCUGGUGGGCAUUAUCAAGGCUACAUACGCCUGCUUCCUUCGGGGCAACGCAGAGAUGAUCUUCAUGUCACUAUACUCCCUUCUCUAUAUGUCCAGCCUCCUGCCAGCCAAGAUCUUUGCCAUUGCUACCAUCAACAAGUCUGGCUGGGGUACCUCUGGCCGAAAAACCAUUGUGGUGAACUUCAUUGGCCUCAUCCCUGUGUCCAUCUGGGUGGCAGUCCUCCUUGGGGGGCUGGCCUACACAGCUUACUGCCAGGAUCUGUUCAGUGAGACAGAGCUAGCCUUCCUUGUCUCUGGGGCCAUCCUGUACGGCUGCUACUGGGUGGCCCUCCUCAUGUUGUAUCUGGCCAUCAUUGCCCGGCGAUGCGGGAAGAAGCCAGAGCAGUAUAGCUUAGCUUUUGCUGAGGUGUGACGUAGCCCUCAAGCAGAGCGGGAAAAGUGCAAUGGGUAAGGGAGGGAAGGGGAAUGGAGAAGAUGGGGUGGGAGGGAGGAGGGAGUGCUGUUUUAGUUUUUUAAUGGUCCAAAGGACAAAUGUGAAGUGCAAAGAAUGGUGACUGUAGUACGGCCUGGGCCAGCUCUGCUUAGAGGAGGCAAGUCCAGCUCAGGGUGAUGGAGGAGGCAUGUAUGUUUUCAGGCCGCCUGUCUGCUUGCCUCUGUGCACACAGUGGCCUCUGGGCAACAUUCCACUUCCUCCCCUGAGAUCCAGAGGGAACUCAGAAGUGUGCUAAACCAAACAAUAAGUUCCAUUCAGUGGCAGCUUCUGAUGGGUGAGUAAGCAAGGAGGGUCCGUGGGAAGCGGUUCUCUUAGCCCACCUGAACAAAAUCAGAGGUGGUGGGAGAAUUUGAGAGAUCUGGGCCAGCUAGUAACGUGUCCCCACCUCGAUCUAGUUAUCAAUGCAAUAAGAUUGUGCCUGAAAUACAAAGCCCAGAAGCCUGAUCUUUGGGCAUCAGAAAACAGGGUCCAGGAAUGGUGCUUUCUUAUGUGAAGUACUGCAUUCCACAUCUCAACAUCCCAAGGAUGAGCCAGACUAGCAGGGAGUUAGCACUGGACUGGUUUUAAGUGUGAAGUGUGUGUAUAUAUAUGUUAAAAAGGAAAGUUUGCCAGGAGGAACAAACGGUGGUGGUGGUGCUAAAGGCCAUAGCUCAAGGCUCUAUGGAGGCCUUGAGCUGAAUGUAUUCUACCUGGAAAUUGCCCACAUACCUAGAUUGUCUUGUCUGUGAUCUCUACUGAGGAGGUAAAAUGUUUUCGUCAUCUACCAGGAAGAUUAAACCCCAACAUGCUCAGAAAGGAAGUGAGGGCUUGGGUAUUUCAACCUGUAUACUCCUGAAUUCUGCUCUCAAAUUCAGCUCUGACUGAGUCUAAGACAGCCUCCUCACUUCGCUUCGCUUCACUUCACAGUGAUAGUCACCUGUUCCACCCUCCUCCUCAUCGGGAAAGUUCUUCAAGGUGGCGAGUGACACAGAGCCUGGACUCUCACGGGCCCCUCUGCAAUAGGCAAGCCUGCCCUCAGCACGUGGGGAAAAGCUAUUAGGAGCCUCUGACCACACUGGCUACAGUCUUGGAACUGCCUGGACAGAUUCCUUGGCAGAUGAGCAGUACCCAUGACGUUCAGGCUACGGUUGUUGACAAUCACCUCUAAUGGAAAGCUUUUCAGUGUUCCCUAAGGGAACCCUCAAUCCAAGCUGGUCAUCGUUGAGCCUGUCCAUUCUCCUCAGUGGCUUCUCCAGGGAAUUCUUACAGCCAAGUGGUGGAUAGUCAUUACUGCAUUUGCUUGCUUCUGUCCAGAAACCAAACUAGGAGAUGGAAUUGGUAUCUAAAUCCUAAGGUUCUUCUCUCACGCCUCUCGAGGCUGUUUGAUUUCCCUCUUUUUUGGAGGGGGAGUGAGGGAAGGCCAUUUUCUACAGAUCUGCAAUCCACAGACUGUUCUGAGCUCUUGGAUUUGAAAACUGGGAUAUUGACUAAGCCUUUGACUUAGAGGUUGCUUGCUCAAGCGUGCUUUCUCGCCAAACAUCCACUCUCAGAGGGGCCUGCUGAGCCCUCAGAACCAGCACUAAGGUGGACAGUAGUCGAGGGGGCAAGCCUCUAGUGUGCCCAGGUGCUUCCUACGAAGGAACAAAGUGUGCUCUGAGCCAGACUGGCAAACCCUGGUGCUUCAUCUCCCGUGAACUCGGAGGUCUUCCAGCUGCAGCGAACACUGCUGCAUCACACAGACCUUGAGUUUGUAAGAAGACGACUGCUGGUUGACAUCAGGCCUAAUCCAUGAAGGCUGGGAAGAGGCGGCAGGUGUUUGCUGAAGGCAGUUGUUCCAGGCUCUUCCAUGUUUUUGCUGGCCAAGAAGUAAACUAUUUUGAGCAUUACAAUGGAAGAAAUCCGGUCAGCCAACUGCAGAGCUCAGACUUCACUAAGGGCUUGUUUUUCUUCAGCUUUUACUUGAAGGUUAAUGUAGGAUGGACUCCCAGAUGGAGAACUCUUGGCUGUCCUACCAUCAGCUCUGCCUUGCUCUGUGACAAUCAACUUUCUCCAGAUCAAGAGAAGGCAGGUACAAGUAGUGGGCCCACAACGUUUGACCUCAACUGGUUUUUCUAAGUUAUUUUGUACAUUUUUCAGCAGCGAAACCAAACUGGGUCUUCAGCUUUAUUCCCGUUUCUUGUAAGGGAAGAGCCUUUAUACAAUUGGACACAUUUUGGGUUUUCCUCAAUGAGAAUUUUAAUCCUCUUUUGUAUUAUUUCUACAAUAAUUUGUAAACAUAUUUAUUUUUACUUUUUUUUUUUUUUACUUUCAGGUCAAAUUUUUUAUACUGCACUUAUUUGUCAAAAUAAAGAUUCUCACAUAAUG